GAAGAUGGACCAGACAUCUGGAGAACAUGAUGAAGAUGAUCUCCAGAAGUUCCGCCAGCUGCUGUCCGGGUAUGAAAUGCACGAGCUCCGGAUGAUGUACGAAGACUUCAGAGAUGACCUGGUCUACAUUGUGCAGGUCUUGGACACUCGGAGCCUCUUGGCCGAGCUGAAAUGUCGAACUUCUCUAAACGCCGAGUCAAUGAAAAGAGACCUGGGAGCCUCCGAAUUUUCUAAGAAUUUGGUAAAAGAUGUUUUGGAAAAAGGAAGAGACGCCGUGAUUGGAUUUUUGGAAUGUUUCUAUUUUCUACAGACCAACCACCCCCACCACAAUCUACUGGCGGUUCUUGGUGAAAUCCAGCACAUCGAAGGUAACAUAUUGCUGGAUGAGUACGGACACUCGCUGACUCCCGAUAUAAAAGAAAUCCAAGAAAAGCACAAGCAGUUCCUGCUGGAGACGACUCAGGCGUUAGUGGAAAAUAAGCCACCGGGAACCAGCUUGGAGAGUCAAAGUUUCCCCAUUUCAGAGCGUUACGUGGAUCUGGUUGUCGUGUCCACAGAGAAUUUUAGACGCCGCACUCAGCACGAGCUGAUAGAGAUCGGGAAAAAACAUGAAAGCUACUUGUACAAGACUCAAAGAGGACUGGAGCGCAUUUCUCCCAAAAGGCUCUUUCGCUGGUGCCACCAAAUAAAAAGUGUGCCAAAUGUCAUAAUGAUCAGCGGGGUACCAGGAGUAGGGAAGACCACCCUAAUGCAGAAGUUUGUCUGUGAUUGGGUGAAUGGAAAGCUCUAUCAGAGAUUUUCUUUUGUUUUCUUCUUCAAAUUCCGGGAGCUCAACCGGCUGAAAAAAGUCAGCUUGGAGGAGAUGAUCCUUCACCAGUAUCCUCAUCUAAAUGGUCAACUUGAAAACAUCUUAAAAAACCCGGAACAGCUUUUAUUUAUCUUUGAUGGCUUGGAUGAAAGUCGCCACCAGAUGGACUUUGCAUCAAGUCCUCUGUACACCAACACAAAGGACAAGCGAGACCUUGGCGUGAUCCUGGUUAACUUGUUGAGGCAAUCUGUUCUCAAGGGUUGCUCGGUGCUAAUAACCAGUAGACCAGCCAAACUGGCCUCCAUUGAUGCUGACAUUUUUCAGCUAAUUUGUGAGGUCAUGGGAUUUUUUCAUGAGGAACGAAAGAAGUACUUUGUCCAAUUUUUCGGAAACGAAGAUCUGUCCAAGAAGGCUUUUGAUCACGUGAGGGACAAUGAAGCUCUGUACACUUUCUGUUACAUCCCAUCAUACUGCUGGAUCAUCUGCACGGUGUUAUCGAUGUACUUCAACGCUCAUCAAGCACACAACGAGAACCCAUUGAUAUUUUUACCCAAAACUGUGACGCAGCUCUUUGUGACAUUUAUCUGCAACAUUCUGGCCAAUCACACCCAAGAGGCGGACUGUGCCAGGAACCUAUUAAUGCCUCUCGGAUGGUUGGCAGAAUAUGGGGUAAUGAACCACAUCAUUGUGUUUGAAGGGCGAGAUUUGGAAUCGUUCAACGUGGACACUUCUUCACACGUCUUCACAAGUUUUAUGGUGGAAUCCACUCAGACUCUGUAUGCCAAUUUUUCAUUUUUACAUCUUACUGUCCAGGAGUUCAUGGCUGCCUUGGCCCAUCACAUUGACUAUGACCCUGACAACUUACUGGAAUCUCUUGACAAAGCCAAAUCAUUUCGAGAUGGGCGUGCUGAAAUAUUCCUUCGUUUCCUCUGUGGUCUGUCUGAUGGCUCCACCAAGGCUCUUCUUAAGUCCUUCUUGAAUUUCUCUACCGACGCUUCCAAAAAUGUCAUCACAUGGCUACAUCAACAGUCUCCGCUGGUCAGGAAGCUGACAAAGGAUGCUUGGGACAGGAGGGAGACUUUAAAUAUUUUCAACUACCUCUUUGAAUCUCGAAACAGAAAACUCGUGUUGGAGGUUCUUGGCCAAAACCUGACAUUUGAUUUUUCAAGGUUCAACCUGACCCCCCUCGACUGCACGGUCUUGGCCUUCAUUUUGAUCUCAUGUGAAGAGACUGAACUCCUCGAUCUAGAGAAAUGUUACCUUGAGACGGAAUGCUGGGAGAGACUUUCUACCAGCCUUCACGCUGUCCAGAGACUUGGACUAGUGUCCAAUGAGGUGAAGGAUGAAGAUAUCCCUUUCAUAGCUUCUGCAUUAGACCAUCCUGACUGCAAGAUCCAGAAUCUGAGUUUGAGUAAUAAUCUGCUGACACACACGGCCUGCAAAUACUUGGCCUGUAAAAUGACAAACAACCAGUCCCUGAAGACACUCAACUUGUCCUACAACAAUCUGAGUGGCCCUUACUUCCGCGACUUGAUGGCGGCUCUGUCCACAUGCAGAGUGGAAGAACUUCUGCUCUAUCACACCAGUCUAACACAUGAAGAUUCCCAGUUCCUCAAGCUACUGAGCAGCACCAAAAGCCUCACCUCCCUAAGCAUAAGCUACAACAACAUCACCGAUGCUGGGUCAAGACACAUUAUCAACCUGAUAGAGAAUUCCUCCAGCCUAAAAGGCGUCAGAAUUCUCGUGAAUGGCUUUUCCCAAGAAGUUAAAGGAAGUUUUAAAGGCCUAAAGAACAAAGCAGACAUGGAUGUUAAAGUAGUUUGA